UCCAUCUCAAGGCAUCGGGGGAAAAGUUGAACUUGGACAAUUUUGUGAUGAGAAUCUCAUGGUUAACAGUAUCAAAAGCCUUCCUUAGGUCCAGAAACACAGCCCCAACAACGCCCCCUUUGUCCAUCUUGGACUUCACAUUUUCCAGUAGAAAGCAGUUGGCCGUUUCUGUGGAGUGUUUCGCUCUGAAGCCAAACUGCAUGGAGUGUAAUGUGAAGGGGCUGUUGUUGAGGUGGCAGUUUCUAUGGUAACAGAAACACAGGCAAGAUGGCCUUCCUUCACUGGAGUUGCCAGGACGUGGAAAAAUGGAUAAGAUCCUUAGGAUAUCCACAUUAUACAGCCUGUUUCACUGAGAACCUCAUCACAGGUAAAAAGCUGAUUUAUGUAAAUUGCUGCUAUCUGCCAAGAUUAGGAAUCACAGACUUUGAGGAUAUGAAGGCCAUCUCUGCACAUGUGCGUGAGCUGCUGGGGACAUCAGAGCCGCUGUGGAGCCGCAGCAUCGCAGACCCCCCCAGAGACAGCAUGGGCCUGUUCCUGGAGAAGAAGAGCAGAACAGGGGACUGGGCCGAUUCCUUCACCUACACACAGUUCCUCGACAGGAAACAGUGAAUGGAAUCUGUCCUUCUGAUAAAAGAAACAUGAAUGAA